AUGGCUUCCGUCUCAUCUCUCGAUAAAGACCUUUCAAGGCUUCGUCUCGCCAAAUACACAGCCCAGGAUUCACAGGAUGUUAAGGACUGGAUAGGGGGUAUCUUGGGUGAAACUUUGCCAGCAGGUGACUUGAUGGUUAUUUUGAAAGAUGGUGUAGUUUUGUGCAAGCUUGCCAACCGCCUCGAAACCUCCAAUCCCAAAUUAAAGUUCAAAAAGUCCGCCAUGCCAUUCGUUCAAAUGGAAAAUAUCUCUCAUUUUCUCUCCUUCAUCUCUCGCCCCCCAGUCUCUCUGGCAGCUCAUGAUGUCUUCCUCACUGUCGACCUUUUUGAGCAGAAAGAUCCCGCUCAAGUUGUCCAAUGUCUUGGGGCUUUCUCCCGCGCUGCUAAUAAACUUGAUCCGAUUUCUUUCCCUACAACUCUUGGUGGUCUUAAAAUUCCUACAUCAACUGCUGCUCUCUCACCUCAGCAUUCUGGCGGUUGGUCGCCUGGGAAAAGAAGUGUUUCUGCAGGAUCUACUGGUGGGGUUGCAAAUGCGUAUGUUCAAUCCGCAGCUGCUACAGGCACUGCCCCGGCGUGGAAUAUCGCACAGUACGGCUAUAUGGGCGGUGCAUCGCAGGGAAACCAAGGGGUUUCAUUUGGUUCACGGCGACAAAUCACCAAUCAACCUAUUGUCAAAGGUCCCUCGUUGGAUGAUCGUGAGAAACUUAGGAAGAACUCUACGGAUGAUGCGCAGCGUAUUCAGGAUGCGUCCCAAGAGAGGCGGCGCGCCGAGGAAGAAAGAUCACAUAUCGAAGACGAAAGAAGAAGGGAGGGCCAAAAGCGGAAAGAAGAAGAAGAGAGAAAAAAUAUUGAAGACGAAAAAAGACGGAGAGAUGAGGAAGAGCGAAAACGUAUUCAGAAUGAGGCUGUGCGAAGGGAAGAGGAACGGAAGCGUAUCGAAGACGAUGAGCGUCGGAAGCCUGUUAUGGAAGCAAAGAGACAUCGAGAACAGUUAGAAGAGGAGACUGCGCUAGAGAUUACACAGAAAAGGCAGAAGGAGGACGAAGCUCGUCGAGUUCGCGAUGCAGAGACUCAACGAAAGCUCGAUGCUGAGAAAUCUGAACGUGAGCGAGAACGAGAGAGAAUCCGACAAUUGGAACGUGAGCUUGCGAAAGCUCGCGAACGUGAACGUAUAUAUGAAGCUGAGAAGGAAGAACGGCGCCGACAAGAUACGGAACGAAUGCGUCGUGAUGCGCAGGAAGCUGUGAUCCGAAAGCAUAAAACUGGGGAUACCACGUAUGGCCAACGGACUGGCGAUCGAGACCCGUUCUAUGUUCGUUCACACAAGACGGGUGAUCGAGAGGGGGAAAACAUGGAAGCAGAGCGUCGUUUCCUUGCCGGAGCUUGGCGCGCAGACAUAACCACCCCGCCAUCGACAACAAAUUCUACUCCAUUAUUCCCCCAGCACACUCCUGGUACGCCUCCGCCGCACCCCCCAAGAGCACUCCCCACACCGCCUCCGCGCAAACUUCCUCCUGUACCAACGACCCCGAAUAGGGUCGGUGCGUUACCGAGUAGUCGAUACUUUGCGCAAGAGCACCUCGCGAUAGCCCUAGAACGUGAGCGCGCCGAGAAACGAGAAGCAGACAAAAGACAAGCUUAUAAAUGGGCCAGCAUGUCUCUUUUGGAGCGGGAACGGGAGAGAGAACGGGAGAGGCAGAGAGAGUGGGAAGCCAACCAAAGGGAGAUAGAAGAAAGACGCGAGAGAGAAGGCGCCGGUGAUGACGGGCCUGCGUGGGACGUUAACCAAUAUGGAUACAUGGGGGGUGCCGACCAAGGAAAAAUGGGAGUGUCGUUUGGAGGCAGACGGCAGAUUAUCGGGCCAAGAGAUGUGCCCAAGAAGUGGUAA